UUUUGCAGCAGGAUCCGUUCUCCUGAAUGGCUGCACAAAUGCUUGGCUGGUAUCUUGCAGGGCACAGGCAAAAUGCAGAAACUCUUUAGUACUAGCACUGUCCUGUCCACUAAGGAAGACGGAUCGACCGCUUCAACAGACAGCACCACCAAAACGGCAUCAAAGAGUCAGGGGGAUUCAGCAGAAACACCAAAGCAGAAGUUGUUAAACAUUAUUGGUAACAUGAAAGUAGAAGUGAGCUCCAAGAAGAAAUUCCAGCAAUUAAAACCACGUGAGACCGAAAAGCAAGCUACAAACCAGCUGGAAAGCCUGGGCAGUAAAAGUAGUACAUUUCUGAAAGCUACAGAAGACAUCCAGCGAGGCAAGCCUUUAAAACAAGAACUAGUGGAGGCUGCUUCUGCAGUUGCAUCUUCUUUACCGCUCAACAAGGAACAGACAGAAUCUGAUUUACUCGCACAACUAAGAAGACAUGAACAAACCACAGAUAAACAGAAGACGGGGGGGACUAUUAACAUACGCAAUGUUAUUUCAGACAUGACGGUCAAGAGAGAGUCCCCAGCUCAAAGAGGUGUGAGGAUAUCCAAUCUCAUUUCCUUAGGGUUGGAGGAGGAUGAGAAAAGAAUCAAGCCUGAAAGACUUGCUCCUGCUUCCAGAAGGAGUCUCAAAUUAGGAAGGAGACUUAAUAUUUUCACUAAGGCUUCUCCAGAUACAGAAAAGGCACUGAAAACAGAAUCUUCUCCAAAAAUUUGGGAUGUGGAAUUUGCGAAGGAGGUUACGGCAAUAACUGAGCAGCCGCCCCGAAAUGGUUUUGAGGAAAUGAUCCAGUGGACGAAAGAAGGAAUACUGUGGGAGUUCCCAAUUGACAAUGAAGCCGGGAUGGAUGAUGACGCCGAAUUUCAUGAACAUAUUUUUCUGGAGAAACACCUAGAGGACUUCCCCAAGCAAGGACCUGUUCGCCACUUCAUGGAGCUAGUGAUCUGUGGGCUUUCUAAAAACCCAUACAUAACUGUUAAACAGAAGAUCGAACAUAUCGAGUGGUUUCGGAAGUAUUUUGAGGAAAAAGAGGAACUUCUUCACGAGAUUUGAGACUUGAGAAAGCUUAACCUUGAAAUGAAGAAUCUACUAAGGCAAAAUAGUUAAUAAAAGGAAUACUUUGGGUGCAUAAUAGGCAUAUGACCUGAAAAUUGUUCUUAAAAUAUUAAAAUGUUUGAAAUUUGUGCUUUCUUUUAUGUAUGUGUCUGUGUAUAUACUUUCUAACACCAAAAGAAGCAACUGAAAGUUGUAGAUCUUCUAGGUUGUGCGUGUAAAAACUUAGUUUGUGUAUUAAAAUCAUUGUUGCUUAAACUUGA